AACAAACAAAGUGUGCCCUGACAGAGAAUUUAAAUGCAUUACGAGUAAGUCCCCUGAAUCUUUCAGUUAAACCCCAAAACUCAACAAGGAAACAUCUAAACUUCCAUUUUUAUUUUACUUUUACAAAAUACCAUCAGAAUGUUUGAGUCUUUCGAUUGGACCUUGGGAUUGGAUUUAAAGAACUUUCGCGAUGUGAAACAGCGUGUACUGAGAAAAAUCGGGGAUAUGGAGCACCAAGGAGCUAAGUGGGGUCGCCUCAUCGGCAUCGAAGAUGGCAAGGACGAUGCUUUCCUUCGUUUUAUGAAGAAGAACAUCUAGCCCCGUUAACAAAAUUGGAAAAAUGUGUAUUGCAUGUUACUUUAAAGCCAGACGAGAAUACACUUGUUCGAUAAACGAAAUGCAUUGCCUUGCGUAAACAACACGA